CAGCAACGAACGUGCGCGUCGUACCGCCACCACCUCCACGGGCUCAGCGCCCCAACUACCGCGCACUCAAAGCACCGCCAGCCGCCGCCGUGCCGUGCUUGCUGCUCUAUCGACGAACCAACCAGCCAACCAACCCCGCAGACUCGCCCAAGCCUCCCCGUCCCGAAAGUUGGCACGAUCUCUCUCCCCUUGGACUCUCUAGCCAAUUGCCCAUGGAGCGGCUCAUCUCCAGGACGGUCUCCCCGGCGCAGCCCCGGAUCCACCUGCCCGCCAGAUCCCCCUUCCUCCCCGCCCGUCGCGCCACGGGUAGCCGGAGCGCCGCGCCGUGGACUGGGUUAUGCGCGCAGCCGCCGCGGCUCGGUGGUCCGGUCGCCGCCGCGAAGACCUCGCCGCUGCGGCAUGAUGGUGUCCCGGCCGCCCCGCCGCCCGUGGACGAGCGGACCGAGGUCACCGCGGCCGCUGGACCUCCGUGGAAGCUGCUUCUUCAGAGCCUGCUCCCCAAGGCUUCUACCGCUGCCCUUUUCCUAUUUAUGACACUUAUUACCAGUACCUUGCACUCUAGCCUUCCUCAUCCUGCCUAUGCAUCGGUGCAACCGAUAAUCAAAUCUGGUGGACUCCUCUCAACAGAGUUAUUAAGCAGUGGCUGGGCUGGUUUCUUCGCAGGAUGCUUACAUACCUUAUCCGGGCCUGAUCACCUUGUUGCAUUGGCACCACUGUCGAUUGGGAGAUCAAGACUGGAAAGUGGACUAGUGGGUGCCCUUUGGGGCUGUGGUCAUGACGCUGGACAAAUUAUUUUCGGCUUGCUCUUCUUACUACUCAAGGAUCGUCUGCACAUUGAGAUUCUCCGUAUAUGGGGAACAAGAGUCGUCGGUCUGACCCUUCUUAUGAUAGGUGCCACGGGCAUCCGAGAAGCUUCAGAGGUCCAAGAGUCAGGGCUAGUUCUGGAGGGCGUCAGCGAGCCGUUGCAGCAGACCCCUGCUGCCCCCAGGAAGAAGAAAGUCGGUUUCGCGACAUUUGCCACGGGAGUUGUCCAUGGCCUCCAGCCAGACGCUCUGCUGAUGGUCCUGCCGGCGCUAGCUCUGCCUUCGCGCUUCGCUGGGGCGGCCUACCUUGGCAUGUUCUUGGUCGGGACUGUAUUUUCGAUGGGUAGUUACACUGCUUUUGUAGGUUCUUGUAGCGAGGCCCUGAAAGACAGGGUCCCUAAGAUAACAGAGAAACUGACCUGGGCUGCGUCCCUCGUAGCUGUAUGCAUGGGGUUAGCUCUUCUAGUCGGGCAGUUCUUUGGGUUCACCCUAUAUUGAGUUUAGAUGUCACACGUUCUUGUUACUUGGAAAAGAUGAUUUGAUUGCGUGCUGCCAAAAAAAAAGAUGAUUUGAUUGUUAUUUUUUUGUCAUUAUUGGUGAUUUGGGAUGGCAAUUUAGCUCGA